UGCUAGUCAUAAUGUUUCAAAAACAAUUGACACUAUUAAUAUUCUUGAAGAUGUAGAUAUGGAGAAACCUGCUAGUCAUAAUGUUUCAAAAACAAUUGACACUAUUAAUAUUCUUGAAGAUGUAGAUUUGGAGAAACCUGCUAGUCAUAAUGUUUCAAAAACAAUUGACACUAUUAAUAUUCUUGAAGAUGUAGAUUUGGAGAAACCUGCUAGCCAUAAUGUUUCAAAAACAAUUGACACUAUUAAUAUUCUUGAAGAUGUAGAUUUGGAGAAACCUGCUAGUCAUAGAAAAUAUGCUUCACAAACAAUAGCCAAUGAUCAUAUAUAUACAGCCAAUUUAUCAUUCUUAUCAAGAAAGAUCAAAUAUCAAGAUAAAUAUAUUUUAAAAUUAAGAAAAAAAAUGAGCGCCUCUUAUAAGAGGGAAACUAUAAGAAAUAAGAAGAUUAUCGAUUUAAAAUCAAUUAUUAAACAAUUGAAGAAUAAAAAUUUAAUAUGUGGUGAAGGGGAGGAUCAAUUGGAAAUUUUUUUUACAGGCAUCCAUUACGUAUGCCACAUGAUUAAGUUGUUGAGAAAUCUUCUCGGUGAUAAAAAAUUUUAAUUUAUAAUAAUGGAUCAA